AUGAACGAACGCCAUUCACCCGACAUCCUCCCCACCGAAGAGGACCUGCUCUCAAGGUUACUAGACCACAUCCGAAGUCAGUCUGAGACUGUGCAAUUACUUCGCUCCGAUCCAUCGUCGUCAGAAGAGGAGCAUUUCAGGAUCAUGCUCGUACAGACAGAGGUCGAACGAGUCAAGUUCAUCGUCAGGUCUUAUCUUCGCACCAGAUUGUUCAAGAUAGAGAAACAUGCUCGAUAUAUAAUGACGAACCCUGAGGUACAACAACGAUUGUCGCAGAGCGAAGUGGAUCAUGCAAGAAGGUUCGCGAGGUUAACGGACCAACAUUUCUACAACACUGUCCUCCAAAGUUUGCCAGAAAGUCAACAGACAUUAGACGAUCGAAUUCUCUUUGUUCCGUCUAUGAUCACGGAACCAGACAAGACCAGAGCGGUCUUCGUGCGUGCCCGCCAGAAUUGUCCCCCUGUACGAUUACCAGACGGAACUGCAUUAGAGAUGCAAAAGGGUCACAUCUCUCUCACUCCUUAUUGGGUCGUAGAACAGCUCGUUGCAAGGGGAGAAGUCGAACUCGUGUAA